AUGCAUCUUUUGUUUUUUUUCUGCAUUUUUCUAUUCGACUUACUUGCUUCAAGAAUAAUAACAAAUUCCUUUUCAUCACCAAUACUGCAAAUAAAUGCAACAGAUGAUGAUUGCUACGAUAAAGCAAUUCUUUAUUCAAUUCUGAACAAUGAUAUUCCCAAUGAUAUAUUUCCAUUUGAAAUAGAUAAAUUUACUGGUUUAAUGCGAGUCAAACACCCACUUGAUUAUGAAACAAUUUCAACAUAUCGUUUUCGUGUUAAAGCAUCAAAUCUUCAUGAAAUAACAUCUAGUAUGGUACCGAUUAUCAUAGAUGUUUUAGAUAUAAAUGAUAAUCAACCAUCAAUACAAGUUAAUAUUCUUAAUGAAUAUAAAUCAAAUGAAAAUAAUGAUAAUUUUAUGAUUAAUAUCAAUGAAAAUAUUCGUUUAGGACAAGUUAUUGGUACUAUUCUAAUACGUGAUAUGGAUUCAACAAUGAUUAAUCAUCAUUUAUCAUUAAAAAUUCUUUCAUGUUUGCCUUUAACAAUAUCUUGCCCAAUUGAAUUAGAUUCUGAAAUGGAGAAUAAUACACUUAGUUCAGCAACGUAUAUAAUACGAACAUCAAGAUUAUUGGAUAGUGAACUAGGUGAUGAGAAAUUUAUUAUUAUUCUUGAAGCAAAUUACGGUGAUCCAUCAUUGAGUAGUCAACGUCAUUUAAUAGUUAAUAUUAACGAUGAAAAUGAUUGUGUACCACAAUUUACUCAAUUAAAUUAUCAAUUUCGAUUAUCUAAUUCAUCUCCAAUAGGAUUUUUUAUUGGUCAAGUUCAAGCUAAUGAUGAUGAUUAUUCACAAAAUUUUCAUCUUAUUCAAUACAAAUUUUUAGAAAAUGAUUGUCAGGAUGUUAUUAGUAUUGAUGUGAAUAAUGGAAGUCUGUUUUUAGCUAAACAACUAUCAACUGAAAUGAAACUCAAUAUAACCGUAAGAGCUAUUGAUAUACAUAAUCAUUCAUUGUAUGAUCAAGCAAAUAUUGAAAUCUUACUGUUUGAUGAAACAACAUGUUUACCAGUGUUUCCUCAAACAAUCUAUGUAUUUAAUACAACUGAACAUCAAAUAGUUCCUUAUGAAAUUGGUCAAGUCAAUGUUGAUAAUUGUCUCUUAUCAUCAAUACCAAUUUCUUAUCAUCUUAUUAAAGAAGACUCAUUACCAUUUCCGUUUAUCGUUGAUAUUCAUACUGGUAUAAUAAAAGUUAUUCGUGAACUAGAUCGAGAAAUAAAAUCAUUUUAUAAAUUUCACAUUAGUUCAUUUCAUUCAAAAACGCAACAACUAACUCAAACAGAAAUACAAAUAAAUAUUGUUGAUGAAAAUGAUCAUUAUCCUAUAUUUGAUAAUUUACAUGAAGAAUAUGUUUAUAUAUCAACACAUCAUCAUCGAACUAAAAAAAUAUUUAUUGCUCACAUUCAUGCAACAGAUGCUGAUGUAGGCUUAAAUGGUUUUAUUAAUUAUUAUUUUACAAAUAAGGAUCAUUAUACAUAUUUUCAUUUAUAUCCCAAUGGUUCUAUAAUUUUAUAUAAUCUAAAUAAUGUUCAUUUACCAAUUCGUCUUGAAAUCUAUGCACGUGAUCAAGGUUAUCCAAGACCGUUAAAUUCGAAAGAAAGCAUUGUUAUUUAUGUAUGUGAUAUACUUAAACGACAUGAAUGUUCAAUCAAUGAAUCACCAAAUAAAUUACGAAAAAAUUUUUAUCUUGGUUCAAUAUUUAUAAUGAUAUCUGUUGUUUUAACAUUAUUUAUUAUAAUCAUAUGUAUUAUUUGGAAUUUAUUUAUUAAGAAACAAUUUAGAGGAAAAGAAAAUAAUAAACCAUAUAGUUAUCAAAUUGAAGCAAGAAAAAAUUUGAUCAUUUCUGAUAGUCUUUAUGAUUUAUCACCAGAAAUUCAUGAAAAUCGUCGUUUGAAAUGUGUUGUUGUAUGA